GAAGUAAAGUCACCGAAAUGGGAUAUGGAAUUUUAAUAAUUCUGGCUGUUGGACUGACAGUGUGCUUGGGGAGAUACCUAUGGGUCCGACAGGCGCCCCAGCAUCAGCCUGAGCCGACAAGCAUAUGUGGAGGACAAUUUAAAGCAAUUGGAUCCAAGUGCUAUUAUAUUGAAAAUGACAAAGAACAAAAGUGGCUUGGAGCUCUGUAUCAUUGCAGCAGCAUGGACGGCCAUCUAGCAAGUAUCAAAAAUCAGCAGGAGCUUGAUGACAUCAGCAAAGAACUGAGGCCCAACAAGGAAUACUUUAUUGAUCUAAACGAUCAAAUAAAUGAUGGUGAUCGUGAUGAGCUCUUAUCUGCAACGACCGGCUUGGCGCCCAAUUUUGUGCACCAAAAUCUAAACAUAAAUAAAAUAUUAUUGUGUCCCACCAUCAACACAUUGUCGCAAAUGAAAGAUGCAUUUUGUACCGAAAAUAUGUUAUUUGUUUGCGAGAAAAAGGAGAUAGCCACACAGGAGCAAAAGGAAAAGAUAGAACAAAACUUUAAAAAAAUUGGCGACAAGUACUACUACAUUGAGAACAAAAAUUGAGAAAAUGGAUCGACGCCUUCCAUAAAUGCCAAGAACUUGGUGGCCAUUUGGCUACUCCGAGAAACGACCUGGAAUUAUUAGGAACAUUUCAAAGGAGCUUCACAAUGGUGCACAAUAUCAUAUCGACCUUACGGAUCAGCUUGAGGGAGGUAAAUUUCUGUCGAUAUCUUCAGGCUUAAAAGAUAAUUACUUUGCCUGGGCAGAUGGCGAACCAAAUUUAAAUUUUGCCAAGGAUUCUGUUGCCAUUGAAAAAACGGAGAUGGGUACUUUUAUGUAUCAUGUUGACACAUAUGAAAAAAAAUAUUUUA